AUGUCCACCUUCGAGCCCGUCAUCGUCAUCGAUGGCAAAGGCCACCUCCUCGGUCGCCUCGCCAGCACCGUCGCCAAACAACUCCUCAACGGCCAGAAAAUCGUCGUCGUCCGCUGCGAAGCCCUCAACAUCUCCGGCGAGUUCUUCAGAGCUAAGCUGAAGUACUCGGCCUUCAUGCGCAAACAAACCCGCUACAACGCCACCCGCGGCGGCCCUUGGCACUACCGCUCCCCCUCCAAGAUGUUCUGGCGCACCGUCCGCGGCAUGAUCCCCCACAAAACCGACCGUGGCGCCAAAGCCCUCGAGCGCCUGAAGGUCUUCGAGGGUGUACCGCCCCCUUACGACCGCAAGAAGAGGAUGGUGGUGCCGCAGGCCCUGCGCGUGUUGAGGUUGAAGCCGGGCAGGAAGUACUGUACGGUGGGCAGACUGGGACAUGAGUUUGGGUGGAAGUACAGGGAUGUGGUUGCUAAGCUCGAGGAGAGGAGAAAAGUCAAGGGCCAGGCGUACUAUGAGCGCAAGCGUGCGGUAAGGAAGACGCUGGCCGAUGCCAAGCAGAAUGCCACUGGUGAGGCUACCACGGAGCUCGAGCAAUACGGCUACUAG